AUGGCCGCCCGGGCCGAAGCCCGCCCCGCCCUCCACAGGCCCCUGUCGCCGCGAACCUCCUUCAGACGCGCCGUUCCCCGCCGGUCUGCGAAGGUUCGCCCGUCCGCCGAUCGGGUCGAUCGGAUCCAUCGGAUCGAUCAGAUCGAUCCAUUUUCAAGCGCGGACAAUGGGUCGCCUAAGAUUUUCUCGGCGCCCGGCGCCCCGGAGCCGGGGGGGGAGGCGCUGAUCGUGGUAGGCGGACGGCGGCUGAGCGGGACUGUGGCGGUGAGCGGGUCCAAGAAUGCGUCCCUGGCGCUGCUGGCGGGCGCGCUGCUGACGCGGCGGAGGGUGGCGCUGCGCGGCGUGCCGGACAUCGGCGACGUGCGGCAGAUGCUGGCGCUGGUGGAGUCGCUGGGGGCGGCGUGGGAGUGGAGGGGAGGAUGCCUGCAGGUCUGCGCCGCGGGCCUGGGGGCCCGGUCGCGCCCACACCCCGUCGACGACGCUGCCGCGCGCUCCCUCCGUGCCAGCUUCAUCGCCGUCGGCCCGCUGCUCGCCCGCACCGGUGUCGCCCGCAUGCCCCUACCCGGCGGCUGCGCGAUCGGCCCCCGGCCCGUCGACAUCACCCUGGCGGGCAUGCGGGCUCUCGGCGCCCGCGUUGCGGUGGAUCAUGAUUCGGGAUGGGUGGAAGCGCGAUGCGAUGGGAGGCUGAGGGGGGGGAACGUUGCCCUGCGCCUGCCCAGCGUGGGCGCCACGCAGGCGGUCAUGAUGGCCGGCGCGCUGGCGGAUGGCCGCACGGUGAUCUCGAACGCGGCCCGCGAGCCCGAGGUGGUGGACCUGGCGGGGAUGAUGCGAAAGAUGGGGGCGAGGAUCAGCGGCCCGGGGAGCCGUGAGGUGGUGGUGGACGGGGUGGGCGAGCUGGGGGGGGCGUCGGCGUCGGUGAGGGCCGACAGGAUCGAGGCGGGGACCUUGAUGGCCGCCGGCGCCAUCACGGGAUCGGGCAUCCGCUUGCUGGGGAUCGAGCCGGAGAAUGUGGCCGCCACGGCGGGUUUGCUGGAAAGGAUGGGGUGCGGCGUGGCGCGCGGGGAGGCGGGCGGGCUGGCGGUGGUGCCCGGUGGUGAGCUGCUGGGGGCGGACGUGGUGGCGAGGCCGCAUCCUGGGUUUCCGACGGACCUGCAGCCGGUGUUCGCGCCGGUGAUGGCGGCGGCGCGCGGGAGGAGCAGCGUGCGCGACGCGGUGUUCGAGGGACGGUGGGCGCACGCGGAGCAGCUGCGCAGGAUGGGAGCCAGGAUCUCCGUCCGGGGAGACACGGCCACAGUGGUGGGUCGCCCGCCCCUUGGCGGCCGGCCGCAGCUCAAAGGAGCCCACUUGGAGGCUUCUGACCUGCGCGCGGCUGCCGGACUGGUCGUUGCGGCGCUGGCCGCCGAGGGGCUCUCCAUCAUUCACAACCUGCACCAUUUGGACAGGGGCUACGAUGGGCUCGACCGGAAGCUGGCCUCCCUGGGCGCCGAGGUGUACAGAUCUGCGGAAUGGGCCGCGCUCCAGCCGGGAUCUACGGAAUCUACGGUCCAGCCGGGGCUAUAG